AUGGGAUCUCCUUGUCUUAAGCCUUUGUGUGAUGCAAAGAAAUCUUUUGGGAGAUUCAUUUAUGAUAAUGGGCAACUUUACAGUGGAGAUGCAAAAAUGAAGACGGGAUGUGUUGCCCUUGUGUUGUGUUUGAACAUCAGCGUUGAUCCACCUGAUGUAAUAAAGAUAUCUCCUUGUGCUCGAAUGCAGUGUUGGAUUGAUCCAUUUUCUGUGGCACCUCAAAAGGCCCUUGAAACAAUUGGGAGAACAUUGAAUGAACAAUAUGAGAGGUGGCAACCUAGGGCACGCUACAAGAUCUCCUUGGAUCCUACUGUUGAUGAAGUUAAGAAACUUUGCACAACAUGUAGGAAGUAUGCCAAGUCAGAACGAGUUCUGUUCCAUUAUAAUGGACAUGGUGUGCCAAAACCAACAUCCAAUGGUGAAAUUUGGCUAUUUAAUAAGAGUUAUACGCAGUAUAUCCCAUUGCCGAUUACUGACCUGGACUCUUGGUUGAAGACACCAUCGAUCUAUGUCUUUGACUGCUCAGCUGCUGGGAUGAUUGUUAAUACCUUUAUAGAGCUCCAAGACUUGACUGUCUCUGAUUCCUCUGGCCCUUCUACGAGAGAUUGUAUUCUGCUUGCUGCUUGUGAAGCACAUGAGACACUUCCUCAAAGUGCUGAAUUUCCUGCUGAUGUUUUCACUUCCUGCCUCACAACUCCAAUCAAAAUGGCAUUGAGAUGGUUUUGCACACGGUCAUUGAUUCGUGAGUCACUUGAUUAUGGUCUAAUAGAUCGAAUUCCUGGACGCCAAACUGAUCGAAAGACACCUCUUGGUGAAUUGAAUUGGAUUCUCACUGCAGUAACCGACACAAUUGCCUGGAAUGUUCUACCACGAGAUCUAUUUCAAAAAUUGUUCAGGCAAGACCUAUUAGUUGCUAGUUUAUUCAGAAAUUUUUUACUUGCUGAAAGAAUCGUGCGUUCUGCAAAUUGUUCACCAAUUUCAUACCCAAUGCUACCACCUACUCAUCAGCACCACAUGUGGGAUGCUUGGGACAUGGCAACAGAAAUCUGCCUUUUGCAGCUUCCUACUUUGAUUGAUGAUCCGAAUGUGGAAUUUCAGCCUAGCCCAUUCUUCACGGAACAGUUGACAGCUUUUGAGGUUUGGCUUGACAAUGGAUCAGAGAAUAAAAAUCCACCAGAGCAGUUGCCCAUUGUUCUACAGGUGUUACAUACUCAAUGCCACCGGUUCCGUGCACUGGUUCUUCUUGAGAGAUUUCUCAAUAUGGGACUUUGGGCUGUAGAUCUGGUCUUGUCUGUUGGAAUAUUUCCUUACGUUCUAAAGCUUUUGCAAACCACGGCUCCGGAGCUUAGGCAAAUUCUUGUCUUCAUUUGGACGAAGAUCCUUGCCGUUGAUAAGUCUUGCCAGGUUGACCUUGUUAAAGAUGGUGGACAUGUGUAUUUCAUUAGAUUUCUCGACAGUGUUGACGCUUAUCCAGAACAAAGGGCAAUGGCUGCAUUUGUCUUGGCAGUCAUUAUUGAUGGUUACAGACAGGGUCAGGAGGCCUGUAUUGAAGCAGGGCUUAUUAAUGUCUGCCUGAAGCAUCUUCAGGGAUCAAUUCCUAAUGAUGCACAAACUGAACCACUGUUUCUUCAAUGGCUGUGCCUCUGUCUGGGAAAGCUCUGGGAGGAUUUCACCGAGGCACAAGUGCUAGGUUUGCAGGCAGAUGCACCAGCAAUAUUUGUGCCUCUACUUUCUCAAUCCCAGCCUGAGGUACGAGCUGCAUCUGUUUUUGCACUAGGUACUUUACUUGAUGUUGGAUUUGAUACAUCUUGGGACGACAUUAUAGAGGAUGAACACUGCAAUUAUGAGGAGAAAGCUAGGGCAGAAGUCGUCAUAAUUAGGAGUCUUCUAAGUGUUGUUUCUGAUGGAAGCCCUUUUGUACGAGCGGAGGUUGCUGUUGUUUUGGCACGUUUUGCCUUUGGACAUAACAAGCACCUGAAGUCGGUUGCAGCUGCAUAUUUGAAGUCGCAGUCUAAUUCCAUGAUCACUUCCUUGCCUUCUUUUGUGUUCAAGAGUUCAGGUAGUGGCUAUACAUCCCCAACUCAUUAUGUUCCACAUGGAAAUGUAGUUCCAUCUCCUAUUGCUCCUUUAUUGAGAGUGGGAGGAGACAGUCAGUCUAUAUCUCGUGAUGGGAGAGUCUCAACUAGCAGCCCUGUUGCAACACCUGGCUUCAUGCAUGGAUCUCCUUUGUCCGAUGAUUCUUCUCAACAUUUUGACUCUGAAAGAUUGAGUGGUGCUGUUAGCAAUGGUGUUGUUAAUCAUAGAAGACCCAGGCCACUAGACAAUUCACUCUAUUCUCAGUGUGUGCUGGCCAUGUGUGCCUUAGCAAAGGAUCCAUCACCUCGUGUUGCAGGUCUUGGCCGGAAAGUGCUUUCGAUUAUUGGGAUUGACCAAGUUCUUGCCAAGUCUGUCAAGUCAACUGUUGAAUCCACAACAGCUUCUGGCUGUAAUUUUGCUGGAUUGAAUCGAUCGUCUUCUUGGUUUGACAUGAGUGGAGGUGGACAUUUACCUCUGACUUUUAGGACUCCUCCUGUUAGUCCCCCUUGGUCCAGUUACUUAACAGGAAUGCGAAGAGUUUAUUCUUUAGACUUCAGGCCUCACCUAAUGAACUCUCCAGACUCAGGAUUAGCUGAUCCGCUCUUGGGUUCUGGUGGAUCUUCUGGAGCUUCAGAACGCAGUUUUCUUCCACAGUCAACCAUCUAUAAUUGGAGUUGUGGCCACUUCUCGAAGCCACUUCUUACUGCAGCUGAUGAUAGUGAAGAGAUCAUUGCUAAGAGAGAAGUGAAGGAAAAGUUAGCUCUUGACCUCAUUGCAAAAUGCCAGCACUGUUCGGUGAGCAGACUGCAUAAUCAAAUUGCCAGUUGGGAUACAAAGUUUGAGAGUGGUACGAAAACUGCUUUGCUGCAGCCCUUCUCAUCAAUUGUGGUUGCUUCAGAUGAGCGUGAAUUGAUCAGGGUGUGGAAUUACAAGGAGGCUACCCUUCUUAACAGCUUCGACAACCAUGGUUACCCUGAUAAAGGAAUUUCAAAGCUCUACCUCGUGAAUGAGCUUGAUGAGAGCUUGCUCCUUGUUGCUUCAGGUGAUGGCAACAUACGGAUUUGGAAAGACUAUACUGAAAGAGGUCAACAGAAACUAGUUUCUGCAUUCUCUGCAAUUCAAGGUGACAGACCUGUUGCGCGCAGUGUGAAUGCUGUUGUGGAUUGGCAGCAGCAGUCUGGAUACCUGCUUGCAUCUGGUGAGAUUUCUUCUAUCAUGGCUUGGGAUCUUGACAAAGAGCAGCUUGUAAAUACUGCUCCAACAUCCUCGGAUUACAGCAUCUCAGCAUUGGUUAGUUUUUUCACAUUGCUCUGA